UCAAAUGAAUCUGGAAAAAUAGGAAAAAUGAAAAAAGUUAAAAUUAAUCUCUAAACCUUAGUUGAAUAAAUAUGGCGAUUUCUUAAUGGGCUAACAUAAUAAUACAGGAGUGAUUAGUUGCUGGUUAUCAAACAUACAAAAUAUUUGACAUAAUAUAACGCUGACACGCGUUAGCAAAGUAUUCGUAACGCGCAAGUCGCAUAAUAAAUAUGCAAUUUGUAUUAUCACUGUGUCCUUGCUGCGUAGAUGGGCGAUUAUCUCAAUAAGUAGGACAAUUUUGACAGAAAAACUUGGUUAGUCGAAACUGAGGAAGAUAGACGAAUACUUUAUUUUUAUGCCAGUUAGUAAUAUGAGAGAUUUCGAAGAGAAAGGAUGCGUGAAAUCAGGUUUCUGAUGAACGUGGAAGUAAAUAAAAUAUAGGCCGAAAAAAUGAGCUGGUUACGAAGUAGCCCCUUGAGAACUAGUUUCACUAAGCAACGUUCAAGAGAUUCUCCGCCAAAAGAUGCUGACCCGUCAGCAUGCUAUGACAGUUUUUGUAAACAUUGGCAACAAGCGUACGAAAUCAUUUUACGUACAUCUCCACCGAAAGGAAUAUGUAAUCAAGAUGAUGUUCUUGGAGUUGUUAAUCAUGUAGAUCAGAUGGUAACUCUUUUAGUUCUAGAAUUACGUGAUUUUAACUUUUACAAUAACUAUCGACAAUCUACAACAGCAACACACUCUCCUUGUUUGGAGCAUUUAUUAAGUGAAAACCUUCUUGUUAAACUUUACGAUUGGAAUAAACAUAGUGGAAGAUUUAAUAAUGCUGUUCGUUUAGAACAAUUAAAACUAUAUGAACUUUUAGUAUCACAUAGUGGUACUCUUCUUGCCCAUGAACCAGUUGCCAGACCAUUAUUACGAUUACUUGAAGAUUGUGCAAACGAUAUUAUGCCAUUAGAAGUAGAAGAAAAAUUAGUAGUGUUAUUAAAUCAAUUAUGUGUUGCUUUGAUGCAAAACAUGGCAUUACUUGACUUAUUUUUUCAUCCAACAGCAAUAGGAAAAAACAAAUUUAUUAUUUUUACAUUAUUGAUACCAUAUGUGCACAGAGAAGGUGGAGUAGGACAACAAGCACGUGAUUCCAUGUUACUCUGUAUGUCUCUCUCAAAAAAAAAUGAUGAAGUUGGCGUUUACAUUGCCGAUCAUUCUAAUAUAUGUCCUGUGUUAGCUACAGGUUUAAGCGGGCUAUAUUCACUGUUACCAAGGAAAUUAGAUAUUGAAACAGAUGAUUGGCAUCGGUUAACACCAGAUGAUGUUAAUGAUUUACCAGCAUUGAUGCACUUAAUGAAUUCUUUAGACUUUUGUAAUGCUGUUGCACAAGUCGCACAUCCUUUGGUACAAAAACAGUUACUUGAAUUUUUAUAUCAUGGCUUUUUGGUACCUGUGAUGGGACCAGCUUUGUUACAGGAUUCUGUUGGUUUGACCAUAGAACAGCUAGAUGUACAAGAACAUUGGACAACAGUGGAUGAAUUAGUUGCAGCCACAGCUUAUUUUGAUUUAUUUCUUCGUUCUGUAACUGAACCUGGUCUCUUACGUUCGUUCGUUAGAUUUUUACUCGAAGAUAAUUAUGAUGAAUGCAGAAUACUGGAUAGCCUUAUUCAAAGGAUAUCUUCUAGGUCACGGUUAUGUAUAGUAACGUUGGGACUAUUUGAAACUUUGGUUAAUUUAAAUUGUGAGGACAUUAUGCUAGAAUUAUGUCUGGGUGCAUUAAGUCCUUGUUCUCAUGUAAUGCUUUCCCAACGUAGAAGGUUAAGAGAUAUAGAUCCUUUUGGACGUGCAGCUGAGAAGUUUUUGUCUUUGACACCAAGUUGUUGCUCGCCAUUUACAUCUAUAAAUUCUCAAUUCAAUUCUUUACCUAACAAUACAACAUAUGAAAAAUAUUCAAAUACUACAUCUGAAUCUUUGAAGUCAUUGCCAGCAUCUAUAAAUUAUGGCGUCAGAUUAUCAGACAGCCUUUAUGGAAAUUAUCAUGCAUAUUUAUGUGACGCUCGACAAAAAAUAAGAGCUUGCCGAAUUGCUUGUUCUACUUGGUCAUAUCAAUACAAUGGAGAAUUACCAAAAGAUAGUACUACAAGCAGUGCGACUACUUUAAUAGAUGACAAUACAUUAUUAGAUCAAUCUCAGAAGAAAACUGAAACAAAUAAAGCUUUAUCAUUAGAGACAGCAAAGCAACCAACGGUUUUUAAUGAAAUUAUUGAAAACUCAUCAAUAGAUAACAUGCUAGUUAACAUAUCUUUGCUAGAUGGGAAGGAUUUAAAUACAAUAGAGAAAGAGUUAAAAAUAGAAUCCCUUGUGGCAACAGGUAUAGAGUUAUCAUUAGAAGAACAAGCAAAAUUAGAUGCAGAUAUUGCUGAAUUGUUAAACGAAGAUAUUGGAAUAUCAGAUUCUGUUAAAGAAAUUUCAUUAAUAGAUAAAAAGGAAUUUGAUAGCAGUAAUGACGAUUCAAACACCACCAUGAAUUCACUUUUAUCGUUAGGGGAAAGUAGCGGCUAUGAAAGCUUCGCAUUUAAAGGUUCAUCGCAGUCAACUCCAGAUAAUGAGCCUAGCGAAGAUCGAAUAAGCGAACACGACGAAAUAGAAAUUGAAUCAAACAAAGAACAAGGUAUAUUAUCUCUUCAUAGCAUCAUAGAAUCAAGUUCAAUUACACCAGAAGAAUUAACAGCGAAUAAACAAAGUAAAGAAAAUUACCGUCAAGAUGUAUUUAAUGGACAACCGAAUGUCGGUAUAUUUUUGGAUGUUCUUUUACGAAAACUCGAAUGUAUGACAAGUAAUAAUUUAUAUGUUAAUUUACAUCUAACUGGUCUUAUCAGCAGAUUAGCAAUAUAUCCACAGCCUUUGUUACAAUCAUUUCUCUUAAAUCAUUCUCUAGUAUUUCAACCCAGUAUUAGAUCACUUUUUCAGGUACUUGCAUCUUUAAAACAUAAAAUAGAUCAAUUUCUUUCACAACACAAUAAUAUAGAUAUAUUGGUCGAACAAGCACGACUCUUUUUAAUUAACCGCGAGGAUAAAUUAGUAAAUGCAAGAAAAAAUGCAUUAGAAGCUGCUGCUCAUUCUGUAUCCACUAAAAGAAAUUCUUUGAGUGGGGAACCAUUUUCAAGAGUGUUCAAACGAUGUGAAAAUAAGAGAUGGAGCUUAACAUCAUCUUUUACACAAAUGCUUAAAAGAUCAAGUGGCAGUUCUGGUCCAAGUAGUUUAAACAAUACCAUUAAUCAAUCAACUGGUAUAUCUGAAAAUCAAUUAGAAGCUAUUGGACAUGGUUCUGGAUACCGGUAUUAUACAAAAACGUCCUGGGAAUCCCCAAAUGAAGUAAGUCCAGUACAAAAUGUGGUCUUAUGCGCAGUUGUAUUAGAUGAGUGGCUAAAAGAGUUAGCUGCUAUUACACAAGAACAUGCCAUUAUAUCUCUUACAAAUAAUCUGGAGUUUAAAGUUUAAUAUGUAAGACGACUGAACACACAAAUUAAAAUUCAGUUAACAAUAUAGUAACUAUUGAAAAUAUUCUUUCCUUCUUACAGGGUUUUAAUAAGGUAAUAUGUGAUAUACAUAUAGACACACACUGCUAGACUUAUACACAAUAUAUCAUAUUAUAGAAUUUAAAAUGUUUAUGUAAAGUUAUUGAAGAGAAUGUAAAAAUAUUAUACAGAAUAUUGCUAUAGAUAUGAGAAUAAUAGUAUCUUUUUCAUUUUAUAAAUGUAGAUAGACAAAUUAGGGAUUAGCUUAAAAAGUUAUAGAUUUAUACAUUUUUGUUGAUGUUAUCCGUUUUAAUCACUAGUUAUAUGAAAAUUGUGUUAAGAGAAAAUAUAUAGAAAGUUUUAUUCAAAAUAGGCCCUUCGUGAAUAUUAAUUAUUAAUAUUUAAACAAUAUCGGCCGAAUCUUAUUAUAAAGACUGACAUUUAGAGCAAUUUCCUAUACAAUAUACACAUAUUACAUUAAUAAACUAUUUAAUAACUUUAUUACAUAUGCUACAAACCGAAUCAAUUUAUUUGAAAUUAUAUUUAAAUAUAUGUAUAUUAAUCCAAGAUCAUAAAUAGUUAAAAAUAUUUAGAUAAACAAAGAAAAGUGCCAAGUUAUUAUUUUAAUAUGUUACAUAAUAUAAUCAACACUUUGGAAAUUGUUCCAAAUGUAUUUAAAAUUUAACAAUCAAAUUACUGUUAUGACAAAUUUAUUUUAACAACAAGGAAAAUAUACUUGCAUACUUAUGAAUUUUACAUUGACUAACAAUGCGUAAUAAUUACAUAGUCUGUUUUUCUUGUACUUAACUUAAUAUAUAAUUAUAAAGUCAUAAUUACUGAGUAAUAUAUAUCCACAAAUAUGAUUUGAAAGUUUAGUAGCACAAAAUAUUAUAUACAUAUAAAUUUAUAUACUUUAAAUUAUGAAUUUUUAAAUAUUGCUAGAUGAAACUGUGCGUAAAUCGAACACUAACUGAAAUUAACAAUUCAUCUAUCUUGUAAUAAUUUUAUCCUACAUUUUUACCUUCAUUAAUGUAAUGUUAAAUAUAAAGUAAAAAGUA